UCGGCAGCAGCGGCCUCUCUCCGCUCCCUGCUCCUCCAGGCAGGCAGGCACGCAGGCUGGCUCGGCCAGCAACAAGUGCGGAGGCAGGCGAGGCGAGGCGAGGGCUGACGUCAGCGAGCGGAGUAUUAUGGUCUGGGCUGCGCUGGCUGCCGCCGCUGCCGCCGCCGCCGCUUUUCUACUGCCAGCGGCCGAGUAAACAUGGAGCUCUCCGCCGUGGGAGAGAGGGUGUUCGCGGCCGAGGCCUUGCUCAAGAGACGCAUCCGCAAAGGACGUAUGGAGUAUCUUGUGAAAUGGAAGGGCUGGUCUCAGAAGUAUAGUACCUGGGAACCUGAAGAAAAUAUUCUGGAUGCCCGCCUGCUUGCAGCUUUUGAAGAAAGGGAAAGAGAAAUGGAACUUUAUGGUCCUAAGAAACGAGGUCCCAAACCCAAAACCUUCCUAUUAAAGGCUCAGGCAAAAGCCAAAGCCAAAACCUAUGAAUUCCGUAGUGACUCUGCUAGGGGAAUCCGGGUUCCUUACCCUGGAAGAUCCCCCCAAGAGCUGGGCUCUACUUCACGUGCUAGAGAAGGACUGAGACAAAUGCCACUGCCCCCUCAAAGCAGCUCUACCACUGCUAGCACCAACAGCUCCAGAGUGGAGACGAUCCAGGAGAACAGGGUUGGGGCUGAGGAAGACCGAUCUGACGGAGCCUUUAAAAAGCGAGGCCCAAAGCCUAGGAAGGAGCUCUACAAAGACCUGCCUGAAAAUGCUGAUGUUGCCUCCAAGCGGAAAUCGGUGGAACCAGGGGACAAGGUGGUGGUGGAUUACCUAAAAGCCAGAAAAUUGGAAGAGGCAGCUAACCCAGGUGCAGCCAAGUUCAGUUCAGGACAUAGUGUGAUCCAGUUAGCCCGGAGGCGGGAGCCUGAGUUACCCAGUGCUGUUUCCAGCGCCAGAGCAGAAACUGGCCUUAAGCUAGGUGCACCUGAGACUUAUCCUCCCAGGCUAACCAAGCACAGGGCAGAUUUCCUAGAUCCAAAAGGGCAAAGCGGCUUGGACUUGGGUGCCCCUAAGAUCUUGCACAGCUCUACAAACCAAGGCAGCUUAUAUCGAGAAGGUCUAGGAACCCAGGCUGGCAGGCCUUCCCUCAUUGCUCGCAUCCCUGUCUCUAGGAUCCUUGGUGACCCAGAGGAAGAAGCUUGGAGCCCAUCCCUCAACAACCUGGAGAAAGUAGUAGUGACUGAUGUGACAUCAAAUUUCUUGACCGUCACCAUUAAGGAGAGCAGCACAGACCAAGGGUUCUUUAAAGAGAAGCGAUGAAUUUUCUAGGAAAAUAAGGAGGCAUCCAGUGGGUUUGGGCAGAGGUCAGCAGGCUUUGGGUUUUCUUUUCUUUUCUUGGACAGUAUUGAAAAAAAUCUGUCCUUAAUUCAUUCUUUUAUUCCCUCCCCCCUCACCACCAAUUUAAGUUUUGGUUGGAAAGAUUAUCUCUAGAGUUAUAUUUUCUAUUAGAUGUAAAUAUGUUAUUUAAAGAAAAUACAUAUAUAUAUCUAUAUACAUAUAUAUAUAUAUCUCAACUCUUACUUUUUUAAUUUAAGGCUUUUGGACAAGAACAGUAAAACAGAAAACUGAAGUAUCUCUUGCUUCAACUGCAAGAGCAGGUGUAGAUAGUGAAUGACCUUAUUAGCUAAUUAUGACAUCUUGAUUUUUUUUUCUUUUCAAUGGUUUCACCUCCCUUCCCCCAAAGAUGAUGUCGAGGGCAAAUAGGGGAUAUUAUAUUCAUCUGGGGACAAAAAGGUCUCCAGUUUUUUGAUUGUUAUAUGAUAAGGUGUUGCUUUGUACAAUCAAGUGGGCUGUAUACACAACUGUUCUAGCUGGACAGCUGAAGUAAGCACUUGACUUUACAGUAUUGUCUUGCUUUUGUUUUGCUCCAAUUUGAAAAAAAAAGUUGUUGGUUUAACAAGUGUCCAUUAAAAACAGUUGACAGAUGUUUUAGCAAA